CAAACGAGACAAAUGCCUCUGCAAAUCGUUCGAAUGACAAACCAAGAAAAGGAGAUUCAACUUCCUUUACCUGACGGAUGGGAGUUACGAACUAGCCGGUCCACUGGAAUGACUUACUUUCUCAAUACCUUCACGAAGAAGUCUCAGUGGGAGAGGCCAGAGCGACCUGCUGAGCCGGCCUCAAUUCGCUGCAGUCAUAUAUUAGUCAAGCACAUUGACAGUCGGCGGCCUACUUCAUGGAGGGAAGAGGAAAUCACUAGAAGUAGGGAGGAAGCCUUGGCAACUAUAAAAGCCUAUCGCAAGCAGAUUGUGGCAAAUAUUGUGUCGUUUGUUGAUGUUGCUUCUAGAUACUCUGAUUGCUCAUCAGCAAGACGAGAGGGAGAUCUGGGGCCAUUUUGCCGUGGUCAAAUGCAGCAAGAGUUUGAAGAUGAAGCAUUCAAAUUAAAAGUUGGACAGUUGAGCAAACCAGUAGAAACAAUAUCAGGCUAUCAUAUCAUACUUAGAACUGUUUAAAUUAAAACCUGCAUUAUCUAAAUUAAAAGAGAACAUGUACAUUUGUUUAAGUAUUAAUUAAGAGGAAUGUAAAGUGCCAGCACUAGAGUUCAAUAGGUAUUUUGGAAAAUAUUUAUUAUCUUGGUACCAUGUUUUCACUAGGUCAAGCAAGCAAGCCUACAAUUCAUAAAAUUUUCAGUUAAUUUCCAGU